GAAAAAAUUCAGCCGGGGUCGAACGAGCUAAAUCAGGCUAGGCUAGGCAGGCGCGUCAAGCUCAUCAAGUUGCACGCUAUUGUGCUCCAGCACUGUCGAAAGUAGAUUCUGUCAGAGUGCUGCAGCGCUGGACUUGUCAAACAUUGUCAAGAGCUGCCAUCCCAGCCAUGCCAGCCGUGCGCUUGCUCAUAGGCCUGGCCGCAGCCCGCGCCGCCUUCUGGCACAGCAAAAAAAAGGACACGCGCGUCCUCCCGCACGUGGUCAACGGCCUCUACGACACGUCGUGGCACGCGCGCAACGUGAGCUCGUGGAGCGAUAUCAGGAAGCUCGCGCCGCGCGACGGCUGGACCGCCGCGCUGGUCGUCGCCGCCGACGACGUAGAGACGCCCUGCGACGAUCAGCAUGAACAGUGCGCGACGUGGGCGGCCGCGGGCGAGUGCGACGCGAACCCGGGAUACAUGCUGCGCAGCUGCCGAAAGAGCUGCGCAACAUGUGCGCCGUGCGGUGCGGUGGACGCGCAGUCGCUGCUCGUGAGUCUGAGGCACGCGCAGCGGAACCGGCCCGCGCGCUUCCUCGCGACGGGUGUGGCAAGACGGUCGCAGUGGCGCGGCGCGUGGCCUUUUGAUGGAGACGACGCGUGCGGCGCGUUCCUGGUCGAGCCGCGCGACGACAUUGAGGAGGAGGCGCCUUCUCUACAAAACGCGGUCUCCAUCCCGUUGUCGGAUGCGAGGGGCCUCCGCUACGCGCUCGCCGAGCGCGUCCGGCACUCCAUGGCGGUGAAAAAGUUUUUGGUGACGAACGAGUUGGAGGUCAAUGUCACGCUCCACUGGUUCGACCUCGAGCAGGAGGAAGGUUUAAGGGACCACUCGCCCUACAAGCAGGUGUCGUUUCUGGCGCCGGGCGCUUCGACGUCGCUGGGCACAUUCGUGGGCCACGUCUUCGCCGUCGGCGACGAAGAGGGACGAUUCCUGGGCCAGGUGACCGUGCGCGGCGUCGGGGACGCGGCCGUGAUCAACGAAGCGUUGAUAGCGGAGGCGGAGACGUGCCAAGAAGGAUCAAUUCCACACGACCCGCACGCGGCCCAAGGGCAGCGGAAGGAGAUGGAGCGUCUGGCUUCGUUGCAAGGCCCGGAAGGGCGCGACGCGCGCGUGCGGUUUGCGGUAGGAGAAAAGGUGCGGGACCUCGCCUUUGAAAAGAGGAAGGCUCUAUCAGAUGUGCAGAUCGCUUUAACGCCAAAUGUCACUGAAGACGGCUUCCGGUUAAUAAGGACGCCUUCACCUGUUUUCGAGGCCGUGGAACAGUUCUACAACGCGAGCCACGCGACCCAUAGAAGGGAAGAGGACGACGGCGGCCCUUUGUAUAAUCAACAUCAAAUUACGACGUGGCAUACGCCUUUACCCCCGGACGUCAAGCGCUUCGUCUUCGACGAGUUGCAAAAGACGAUGGAGGCCUGGGCGCCGUCCGUGGGACCCCUGAAGGGCACGUCUGCUUAUGGUGUGAGAACCUACGAGACGGGCUCGUACUUACACCUCCACGUCGACACGGCCCAGACCCACGUCGUCAGCGGCAUCAUGAACGUCGCCCAGGAGUUGGGUGGAGGCGACGACUGGCCCGUCGAGAUUUUGGACCACGGCGGCAAAUUGCACGCCGUGAAUAUGAAGCCCGGCGAUUUGCUCUUGUACGAGUCCGCGCGGCUGCUGCACGGGCGGCCGUCUCCAUUCAAGGGGCGGUCCUACGCGAACGUCUUCGUCCACUACCAGCCGCAGGACGGCUGGGAGGUGGACUUCUGAAUUCACGCAUCGCCGACAUCAUCUAGUCAUCGAGUAACAAAUUAUACUUAGC